GUCCCCGCGGCGUCAUGGCGGCGCUCAGCAAGGCGUUCGGCGCGUCGCUCCCGCACAACUGCUACGAGGUCGGGCACACCUGGCACCCGUCCUGCGGGGUCGCCUUCCUGCAGAUCACCGGGGGCGCGCUCGAGGAGUCCCUCAAGAUCUACGCGCCCCUCUACCUGAUUGCAGCAAUUCUCCGAAAACGAAAAUUAGACUAUUAUUUACACAAACUAGUCCCUGAGAUCCUACAGUCUGCUUCAUUUCUGACUGCUAAUGGGGCCUUAUAUAUGGCUUUCUUUUGCAUUUUAAGGAAGAUACUUGGAAAAUUCUACUCAUGGAGUCCUGGUUUUGGUGCCGCUUUGCCAGCAUCUUAUGUGGCCAUUCUAAUUGAAAGGAAAAGCAGGAGAGGGCUGCUUACAAUUUAUAUGGCCAACUUGGCCACAGAAACCCUAUUUAGAAUGUGUGUCGCAAGAGGAAUCAUCACCACAAUAAGAAAUGGAGAAGUCCUUUUAUUCUGCAUCACAGCUGCCAUGUACAUGUUCUUUUUCAGAAGAAAACCAGCAAAACCUCAAGGCAAGAACCAUAUGUUAAAGCAUCAUCUCUUUUUAAAACUGUGCAAAGAUGGUUUGAAAGGAUUUGCAUUUUCUGCGCUUAGGUUUAUUGUUGGGAAGGAAGAAAUUCCCACACAUUCUUAUUCACCAGAGGCAGCAUAUGCAAAAGUGGAACAAAAGACAGAGAAACAUGAUGAAAAACCAAGAAGAAUGAAUCUAAUUGCUCUAAUCAGGAAACUUGUGGAUUCAAUAUGUAAACAUGGACCAAGGCAUAGAUGUUGCAAACACUAUGAAGAUAAUUGUAUCUCUUACUGCAUUAAAGGUUUCGUCAGAAUGUUUAGCGUGGGAUACUUGAUCCAGUGCUGUCUCCGAAUCCCCUCUGCAUUUAGGCAUCUGUUUACACAGCCAUCCCGGCUGCUCUCUCUGUUUUACAAUAAAGAAAACUUCCAGCUUGGCGCUUUUCUAGGUUCUUUUGUUAGUAUAUACAAGGGUACUAGUUGCUUCCUGCGCUGGGUCAGAAACCUGGAUGAUGAGCUGCAUGCAAUUAUAGCUGGAUUUUUGGCAGGUGUAUCAAUGAUGUUUUAUAAAAGCACAACAAUUUCCAUGUAUUUAGCUUCCAAGUUGGUAGAGACAAUGUAUUUCAAAGGCAUUGAAACAGGAAAGGUUCCCUAUUUUCCCCAUGCAGAUACCAUCAUCUAUUCCAUCUCUACAGCAAUUUGCUUCCAGGCAGCUGUCAUGGAAGUUCAGACUUUGCGACCAUCUUACUGGAAGUUUCUUUUAAGGCUCACCAAGGGCAAAUUUGCUGUCAUGAACCGCAAAGUUCUUGAUGUUUUCGGUACUAGUGCAUCUAAACACUUUCAGGAUUUCGUCCCCAGGUUGGAUCCAAGAUACACGACUGUAACACCAGAGCUGCCCGUGGAACUUUCUUGAAGAGAAUUGUGAUUUAUUAAUAUGACUUAAUGGUUCAUUCUUUUAUCCUGAAAAGUUAAUUAGGUGGAACACAGGAAAGGGGGCCUGAGCUUGAACUUCAGUGUUAUUUCAGUGAGAGAUGCUCUUUUUUUUUUUUUUGUUCGUUUUUCUUACCAAUCAGAAAUGCAGAAGCUUUUUAGGAAGGUGUUGCUUAAUAAUUAAGCUCCCCGGUAGCCAGAAUCUGAUUCGGGAUCACUGUAGUGAUUGACAUUAUGAUAUAUUAUUGAUUAAAUUAUGGCCACAACAAUAUUAAAGAAUCUAUAUAGAAAUGUAGUGAUAACUAAGAAUAUACUUAAAAUUACUUUAAAAGAUGUUUUUAGUUCAUUCCAAUAUAAUUCUUGCUUAAAACUAAGAGUAUUUCUUCAUUGUAGAAUACAAAGGAUCACGGGUACAUGAAUUUGAUCUGUAUUUUUUUUAACUAUUGAAUUGGUAACUAUAGUAGUGAAAUGUUAUGGAUAUGAAGUAACUCUUCACAGACAGUGCUGCUUUAGUAUAGAGCAAUUGAAUUGUGCAAAGUGGCCAUUCUGACUUCAGGGAUACAAAACAGGUCUCAUACUGUUUGGGUCAAUGCCGUGGUAUCCAUGUUCUCCUUCCACUGAUAACUUCAUCUCUCUCCAAGAUCUGUUGGAUUAUAAUAUGUACUAAUGUCAAGUGAGGAGCGAGUAGAAAUUGACAUAAAGUUCAAAUGUAUGCUUUAAACUUUAAAGAAGCAUUAACUUGAAUAUUUGAAAACAAAUGAAGCUACCUUUAAACCUCCUGAAGGUUUAUUUAUUUGUUUUCAUUUAUGAGGUUUGAGUUCAUAGCUGAUUUGUAUGCCAUUGUUGAUUCAGAGGGGAUCAAUAUCCUAUGGAACAAAAAUUUUUGGCAAAUCUGAGUGUUUAUUCCCCUUCAACUGUUUCACAUAUAAAAACAGAUGUUUCACAACUGCAAACAACGACAACCAAAAAAUCAGUGGUGGUUAAAAAUUUCAUUUCAUCAAUAAUUAAAUUCAGGUUCUCCAGUCUUUUCAAAAAGUCGUCACCAUAUUUACUCUUUUAAAAUGAAGAACUGACAAAAACGUAGUCACUGCCAAUUGUGAAAGAUAGUUCAGUACAGAUGUGAUUGAAAUAUGAUCACUCUGAGGAGUUUUUCAGGGAAAAGUUAUACUUUUCUAAGUUUAAUAAGAGGCUGAAGUGAUUGUGAUAUAGUUAAUGUAGCAUAUAGGGAAUUAUGGUAUAUUUUUUUAAUAUAAUUUUGUUGCUGAAAAGUUUUAAGCUGUUGUGAAUUAUGCACUAGAACUUGUGUUGCAACAAGAAUUAUAACGUAGACUUUUAAAAUACUUAGUCCUCCAUAUUCAAUUUCAAGCCUUGUGUACUUCUAUUUAUAUGUAAUUCUGUCCUUGGUUUUUAUGGCAAAUUGACACCCAGCAAAAUAGACAGACUCUGGUACCAUGGUAACCACUUUAAUUUGGUCAAAAUUCAGAGCCACUUUAAUUUGGUUAAAAUUUUGCAUUGUGACUAACUUUUUAGAAUUGACUUGUCUACUAGGCAAUACUGUUAAAGGAUGGUUUUGGUUUCAUAUUUCAAAAUUAAUAAAUUAAGUUUUAAGGUUUUAUUCACUGGAAUUAACAUGAUGAUUGGUGCUGUGUUUACUUUUUAAAGGAAGUGUUAAGGCUGAAGAAAGCGCUGCUACCUGCAGCUCAUAAUUUCUCUACAGAAAUUUAUAUUGAUAAUAUUUUCCUGUCGGGUUAGAAGAAAAACAUUUUAAUCCAUAAAUUAUUAUUUUCAUUGGCAUUAAAAGACUAUGGUAUUGAAAGACAAACUCUACUAAUAUUUGAUGAGAUUUUUUUAGUAAAAUUUUACUGAUCAAACUGCAUUUCUAUGAUUUACUUUUUAAAACAAACUACUGUCAUCUUUUAUUUCAUUAAAAAUGUAAAAUGAAAUAACCAUGAUGAAGCAGAAUACAAAAUGAAUAUAUAGCUUGAAUGGCUAGUUAGCUCAUUUGCAGUGGUGAAUAGAGAUGUCUAAUUUGAUUUUAUCCAAACAGGCCUCAAAGUAUAGUUGUUUGAACAAACACAGAGAAAUUGUGUUUGUGGGCCAGAAGGCAAUCAAAAUGAAUUAUCUCUCUACCUCUAACUAACCAAGUAUUGAUCACAACUUGGCAUCUUGAGUAAAAUCAAAUCAAUGUCUCCAUUCCAAAACAUGGUUUUUGGUCUAUUUAUAUGCUGAAGAAAUAGGGUAAGUUUCCACCCAAACUGAAAGCAGUGACAUUGAUAUGCCUCCUUAGUAUUUCCUACAUCUUUAUGCAGCCUGAGAGACAGUGGGUUGGAGCAUUAGUGUUAUGGUGUUUUAUCACUAUUUCCUGUAUUAAUGAAAUUCAGGAGCUACUACCGAUCAAGUAAAGACUUAGGUGACAAGAUAACACACUAUUUCAAAUCUAUCAGCCUCUUACUUCUUUUUUUGCCAAAUGGUUUUAGUCUGUUUUGUUGUUCAUCUUUUUUCAUCAGUUCUGUGGUUCCUUCUGUAACUUUUUCAUUUACCUAUAAACAUUGUCACUGAAUUGACAUCUAGGUUUUUUUUUUUUUUUUGCCUUUUUUUUAGUCAGUUAUUUACUUUAGAAUUUUAUCUUUUGUUCUUUGCUCUCAAAAUUUAUAAUUUACUUUUUUCUAGAUUGAAUGUAUCUUUAUGAUGAAACCCAAAUCGAUCAACUCUCACACAGUAUUUUAUUAUUCAUUUCCUUGUGGUUGUAGCUAAGCUAACAUCUGACUUAAUUAUCAGUGCCAACAGAAUGGUUAAUGUUCAUACUUUAUCACAUCCCUUAGUUUCUAAAUCCAAACCACUGUUAGUGAGAUACAAUGUGUUUUUAUUCUCAUCUGCUUGUUCCUGUCACUCCCUCCUCUGUGGUGAGGAAGCUUCUCAGCCAGGCCAUAGGGGCUGGACAUGCCCGCUGAGAGCAGUGUCUCCGGUGCUCUUACCAAAUAAACUUACAAGCCCAUAGACUUCUCGAAUUCUCCCUGGGAUUUAUUUAUUAUUUAUUUUUUUAUAAGUAGAAAGUAGUUUGACAGAGCAAUAAAGUCAUUUUUCAAUGGAUGUGUUCUUUUGGUCCAUAAAUGCAAAAGUCUUUAUUUCUGAAUUGUGACCUUGCUAAGAUAGCUGAUGAACUUUAUCUCUCCUGACACCUUGGCCUCUUGAUGCUUGCUAUCCAGUCUUAGGUAAAGGUAACCUGUCCAUCCAUUCUUAGAUAACCAGAUAAUUUAGGUAAGUGUAAUUGAAUGUCCAAGGAAAAAAAACAUAAAAGGUAAAUAUUUUCUAUAAAGCUGGUCUGAGACUAUGAUGAAAAAUCCCCUAAUUUAAGGUUAGCUGAAUUGUGGCUGCCCAGGAAUCUGUUCUUAAUUUGUCUCAAGUUUGUACCUCUCUCUGUAUAACACUUACCUCUCGGAUACUUAGCUAGUGGUAAGGCCUGAGCUGACUGUGAGAUCAUGGCCAUGGGCUCGGAUUCUGGUGGUACUUUCUUCAAGCUGGGAUGUGGAGAUCUUGGGGUUCAGCCUGUAGAAUUUCCUGCUGUAGCAUCAGGCUUUGUAAUAGCUUUAUAAUUAAGAAAAGAAAUGAGACUAGUAUCAGUGUUUCUGGAAGCAGUAGAGGGGCAGAACUUGGCCAAGAGGUAGCAGCUGUCCUGGUAGUACAAUAAGGCAGUCUGCACCCCAGUGCUUACAGAUGUGUUGAGUGAGAAUGUGUGCUUGUGUCACACUGAAGGACUGGAGGAAAGAAUUCGAUGCCUGGUGUCCGCUGUCUUAGACAUUGAAAUGUGGCUUUCUUGUCAUCACUUGUCUCGGUCCUCGGCUCUCUCCUCCUUCCUAGCUUUGGGGUCCUUAUGUCUAGUCCAGUCUUGUUGCCCCUCCCUGCUCUGCAUACCUGUGCCUGCUGCUUUUCACAUGUUGGCUGGUGUUUCCUUCUAACUGUGCCCCUUGACUGCGAGCCCGUGUUGCCCGUUGCUGGAGCUGGCCAGGAGGUGCUCUCAGAGGGUCUUAAGAAUUCAGUAAACAUCUCAAGGGACAGUUUUGCUUGUCUUAGGCAGAAAAGUUUGGAGGAUAGUUGUGCAGAUGUGAAGAGAGGUGUUUCUUUGAACCUGGGCUCUUUAAUUCAGGAAAGUCAGUCUCUCCUGAGUAGUCCCGUGACAUCAUCUGACUGCUGUGGCUACUUGGAGGGUGGGAACUCAUCUUUCACUGCUUAUUGCUUUCUCCAUUUUCUUCCCACCUCUCCUUCAAAUGUGUCAUCUGUGAAAUAAAAUGUUGGGUUUUAUCCUUUGUGCCUACAGACCUGAAAAUUUCAGUAGUUAUACAGAUCUAGGCCAUGCCGGAGCUGUCAGGACAUGCGUGCUUUGUACCUUUUCUCUGGCACACAACACUGCAACUUUUCUGUCAGUUUUGUGCCCCUUCCACUGCCCAAGCAAAACAUUCUAAUGGUGUUAGAAAGCCCUCAACUUCAAAUGGUAAGAUGUGCCCUGACUUGGCACAAAAUGUGCUUUAACCUGCCUUGCUGAGCCUCAGCAUCCUUCUGUGGCCAGGGAAGUGCAGGCUUCCACGAUUGGCUGAAGCCACUCAGGAAUAUUAUUUUCCUCCAUCCCUUGAUUCAGACCAAGUAAUUUCUGAGACCGAUUUCCCAAAUCUAUUAAACUUUUCUGUCAUUAAUCAACCUCUUAAAUGAACUUCCCUUUCAGAUUAUUCUCAGUCACACAGGAGGAUCUUAUUAGCAAGGAAUUGUGAGAAGAGUUGGUGUCGAAGGCUAAAAAGAUUUAAAGCAUGAAGCAGUGCUGCUCAUUAUGCACAAUGCGGGUGCCAAAAGAGAUGGCAAGAGGAGACUGUGAGCUCAUUGCAAGUCUCUCUCUUUCCUCCUACCUCUCUUUUUUUUUUUUUUAAAACCUCCCAAGCCUGUGCCUUUUAUUCUAUUUUUUUAAUUUAUUUCUUUAGCUUUAGUUCUUAAAGGAAUUUUUUCCCCCUGUUCAUUCAGGGCAAGUUGAAAGUGGUCAGGUAAGAGCCUGAAGGGAUGCUCUGUUGGGUUUGUUAAAAAAAAAAAAAAAAAAGAAUUUUUCUUUCUCCUCUCAGAAGUCAGCCAGAGAUUCAGAGUGGAACUGUUUACAUUUGUCCCAGUGACAUGUGUGACAGGUAUACACUUAACCAAACUUAGCCCAGUGAAAAGAAACCCUCUAUGGGGGUGGGGAGCAGCAGCAAUUUUCCUCAGACUUAUUAAAGUAGGAACCAUGUCUGCAAGCAUCUUUAUAAAUAUAAACCACUGGUAGAGUAGCAGCCACUGGUCAAAGCAGGUAUUGGAUGAUGGUACUCACUUUGUCAAAGUUAUUUGUUAUUUGUGGAAUGAAUGAUUGGCCUUGUGAGGCCUAAGAAAGGAUGGCAGUGAUUUCCUCACUUAAGUUUCAAAUCUGUCCAAUGUAUUAAUAUUAAGAGUGUUUUAUGCAAAUGAAAUUUUUACCUUCCUUUUGAAAUUUAAUUUGUAAUAUAAGGCAAAAUCUGCAAAGCCAUAGGAAGAAGCAGAGUAUAGUUUUUGCAAGUUUGCCAUUCUCAGGAAUAGCAGUAGAUUCACUUAAGGCCUAAAAGGGGAAGAUAAAUAAGUCUGCAAUAAUCUAGAAGUUCCAUUGAGUCAUUUGAGAAGUCUUUUUUUUCACACUAGAACUCUUCUUGUUACUUGGAUUAAAGUUAACAAAAUGCGAUUGUAGUCAUUGUGAGUUACUCACCUAAUCACUGCUGGGUCCUCUUCCUUGCUGACAGAACACUGAUGAUGUUUAAGCAAACAGUAUGACUAGUUCCAGGGAAAUAAUUGUAAUUUUUCUAGUCUUUUCAUGUUAUUCCUUUCUUCUUUUUCUGAUAUUUUCCAGCCUUUCUACUGAAGGUGUUCAUGUGACCCAGUUUGAGCCAAUAAGAUAGAAUAGAAAAUCUGGGACACUCAGGGAAUUUUUUUCUCCUUGAUUAAAGGAAAAUUCUUAUCAGAGCCCUCCUUUUUAUUUUUUUCCUUGCGUUCUUGAGAACUCUAGUUAUUAGUAUCUAGAUCUGUGAAAUGGUGUUCCAUAGAUAAGGUAAAAAGUAUAAAGAAAAAAAAAGUCAGAGCAGAAAAAUGGGAAGAACGUGUCUUCCGGAUGACAUUCUUGAGCCACUGAAUAUAUACAUAAUAGUAACCAUAUACCUCUGAGCAUUUCUUAGACAAUCACUUAAGGUUCUGUUAGUCAAGGAUUCUGUUAUCUUCAGCUAAAAACAUUUCUAAUUGACACAUUCCAGUCUUGUUAUAGAUCAGGACUCUGAUUCAUUUUACGCUCUGUCCUUCCCUUCCUUGAUUUAGAAUUGUUUCUUAUCCUUCCCUCCCCACUUCUGCCUGUAUCAGGAAAUGUUCAGUCAUCUCUCUCUAAAGGUUUUCUUGAUCUUUUAUAUCUAUCUUCGUUUAGUACUUUGCUAGUACCCAUAAAGGAUAUUCCAUUUGGUUCUGCUUAGUUUUGUACUAACCCGUUGCUCCUACAUUGUGGUAUGUUUUGAAGGGCAAAAUCCAUAGUCGACCCUUCACCCCUUCCUGCCCUGUCUCAGUAGCUUAAUCAGCUUUUAUGAGGGUGAGGAGGAUAGUGGUCUGAGCAGCUGCUCUUGAGUGCACACGAACUUUGUGGAGUCUACAGACAAAAAAAAAAAAAAAUCUACCCUUAGGUCUCCCUAUAAGAGUCUGGAAAAUAUUAUCCUUACAAAUGAUUUUGUAAACAUUCUAGGAAAUUGGCUUCUCCUACUAUUCCAGCAGCUAUUGGAGCCAGUUUGGCUGUAGGUCUUAGAAAAGUGAUUUGUCAUCUGUUUCAUUUGUUUGCUUUUUCCUGACAGAGCUAGAAUUCUGGAUUGUUUCCCACUUAAAAAAAAAAACUUUAAAAACAAGCCCAAAUGAGAAGUAGACAGGGCAGGACACAAGACCUUCCUUCCCACUCAGUUUCACAGGGUAAAAAUUCAUAGGCAGUUUUCCCAGAAUUACAGUUUGUUUCCGACUUCUUAAUACUGUAUUACGAUUAUUUUUUCUUCCCUGUCACAAAGGUGAUUUUAAAUACUAGAUGGAGGAAGGCUUGGAAACACUCUUAUCAGCACAGGCAGGCCCCUAGCGAGUCGCUCCUUCUGAUAGUCAAUUUUUAGGGGGGAAAGAAGAAAAUGAAAUAUAUAAUGUGCCUUUGAUACGUGGUAGAUUGUUUAUAUCACAUUCAAUCCUCACAACCUAUGACAUAGAUAUUAUUUUUUUUGACAUAGAUAUUAUUAGUUCUUCUUUUCCAAGGAGAGAACUAGGUGUCAGAGUCUAGUGAUUUGAUCCACAUGGUAAUUAAUACUAAAAUUUGAUCAUAGAUCGUCAAGAGUUAAAAGUUUUCCUUUUUUUCCUGAGAACAUAAUAGUACUGCAGAAGAAGUAGCAUCUUAUUCUUCUCUCUUAAAUGUAAUAUUAUAAUGUUAUAAUAAAAAUCUUGCCUCUAAAAAUGGUUUUGAUGUUUACUUUCAGCUCAAAUAAAAGGAUAGGAACUGGAAUUACCUUCUCACCUGAAACAACUGAAAAACCUAUAAUAUAUGUAAAAUAACAGUUUUUAAGACACUGGACAUCAAACGGUUUAAAACAGUGAUCUCUGAGAGAACAGCCAAUGAGUCCUAUGAUGGCCCCAGCUGUUACCUAAAGAGGGGUUUUAGAUUUUUCAUAUGUGUCUCAGGGAGUAAGAACCACAGCAGAGCCCAGAGGUCUCCUGAGGUGAAGAAAUAAACUUGGAUGUCCACAGAAACCAAGGUGGAUAAAGUUCACAGGGCACAGUGCAAGAGACAAGGGAGCUUCAUGGAAGGAAAGCACAGAAAUCUAAAGAUGGUUCCCACUGAGACUUAAGCUGAGGGCUGAGUAUGUGCAUGGGAGGGAACUGCCAAGACUGGGCAGAGAACUUCAGAGGGAGCAAUCAUUGAUUACACACAAAGUGAUGAAUAGUUUGUAUUCCUGUGAACCAAAGCAGAAAGUUAUAAUUGAAGGAACUCUGGAUUAGAGUCAGAAAAAUAUGCAUCAGUUGGAGACCAAAACUAACCCUGGACUGCAAGCUGCUCCAAAGCAUCAAAACAAUUUCUUAGUAACUGGCUUCUAAAACAAAAUACAGGAAUAUAGGGAUACAAAUAUAUUGAGUAUGCAGUAAGGUAAAAUGCAAAAUGUUGGGAAUCCAAUUAAAAAAAAGAGUCAUGCAGAAAGCCAACAAAUUCAAUCCAUAAGUGAUGUAUAAUAGAAUUUGUACAAGGGGGCAUUAAAAGUAUGUCAUAAAUUGCAUGAGUUUAUCUUUUUUGAUUGCUUAGUAAUACUCCAUGGUGUAUAUGUACCACAUCUUCUUGAUCCAGUCAUCUAUUUUUGGGCAUUUGGGUUGUUUCCAUAGCUUAGCUAUUGUAAAUAGUGCUGCUAUAUGGAGUUGGAAGGGAUCAUGCUCAGCGAAAUAAGCCAGAAAGAAGAAGAAAAAUACCGGAUGGUCUCACUCAUAGCAGGAAUCUAGAAAACCUAAAUAAGGGACCAGGAAAAAGACUAAUUGCAGUAAAGUAAAAAUCAAAAUCAACAAGCAACUAUAGACCAGAGACACACUACAGUGCAGGGU